GGUGGUGUGUGUUUGUUCAUGUUGAUGAGAGUAUGAGAUGUGUAGUUUUUUCUUACAAACACAAAUAAAUAUUUUGAAAUUACAGAAUUAUGUUGUGAUCUUCAAUGUGAUUUAAGAAGAAGAUAAAGAAUGAAUUAAACUUUGUCUAGAGAGCACAGACAGAGAUGAAAAGUGAACAAAGACCACUAAAAACAGUUCUGUUUUGAUAUAGAAGUCUAGAUUUAGGAAGCAGCUGCAGUUUUUGUUCAGGAAGUUGCUCUUCUGUGUCUGAAGUGACUCUCGGCUGGACGUUUCUUUUACGAUGUCCUCUCAUCUGUGUGCUCUGAUCCUGUUUGUUCUGUGUGGUGUGUUUGGUGAUACAGAUUUGAUGAAGUCAGUAUCAGUGACUGAGGGAGAUUCUGUCACUCUAAACACUGAUGUUACUGAAGUACAGAGAGACGAUCAGAUACUGUGGAUGUUUGGACCUAAAGAGACGAGAAUAGUUGAAAUCUAUAAGCACAUCAUUGAUAUGUUUAACAGUAAUGAGAUAUUUGGAGACAGACUGCAGAUGGACUCUUUCACUGGAUCUCUGACCAUCAGAAACAUCAGAAGAACAGACUCUGGACUUUAUAAACGACAGAUCCGCAGCAACAGAGGAAGCUCAGACAAGACAUUCAGUGUUACUGUCUACGCUCAUCUACCUGUUCCCGUCAUCACCAGUAACUCUUAUGAGGCUGAAAGAUCAUCAUCAUUGUCCAGAUGUGUGCUGCUGUGUUCAGUUGUGAAUGUGAGUGCUGUGACUCUCUCCUGGUACAAAGGAAACAGUUUAUUGUCCAACAUCAGUGUGUCUGAUCUCAGCAUCAGUCUCUCUCUACCUCUGGAGGUGGAAUAUCAGGAGAAAAACACCUACAGCUGUGUGCUCAACAAUCCCAUCAGAAACCAGACAACACAUCUCAACAUCACUCAGCUCUGUCACACGUGUGCAGACUCUGUUCAGUUUUGUGGUUCUACUGAAGCUGUGAUCCGAUUGGUCGUCUCUGCUCUGGUGGGCGUGGCUGCAGUUGCUGCUGCAGUUUAUGAUUUCAGAUCUGGAAGAGCUCAGUAAAACAGAACACAAAGAGACAGCAGGGAGAGAUGUUUUCAACUCUAACAACAUAUAUAUUACAUACUGUACAACACGUGUUCAAUUUGAUGCCAAGGUGCACAAUACCUUUCAGAAUCAGCUGUUUUGGGUUGUGUUUGGUUUUGAAUCUCUUUUGUGAUCAGUAACCUUGUGGGUUACAACAAUGUUUCUUUUUCUUCAUUUGCAAUAUUUAACAAAUACAAUGUUAUCUAAAAGUAAGUAUAGAAAGAAGCAGAACAAUAACAACAACAACGUGUUUAUACACAGAGAUAUAUAAUAACUGAUCGCUGUGAUGUCUCAUGCACCUCAGCUAGUUCCUUUUCCUGUAUAUGACAGCAGCUGAGCAGUGAUGGGAGAAACACAGCUUUUAGGAGCUCUGAAUCAACUCAACCAAUUGUUCUGAAGCAGUCAGACAUGUAUAAUGACACCUUUUACAAAACAAUAGCAAAUGUUUUCAUGAAAGUGUAAUCUUUUAAGUCUGAUCUACUAAUUCAAUACAAUUAAAUAUGAAGGUUCUGUAAAAUUGUGUUUUAUUUGUAGUGUUUGUUAUGUGUGUUAUUAGGCAGGCCUUCAUUAAAAGCAAUUAAGCAUCAUUCUCCUUGUA